UAAGUGCAAACAGUCCAUUAGUAGUAAGUGGAGCGAGGAUUGUAAAAGAAGAGAGAAAUAAUUCAGAGUUAAGGGAACUCCACUUGGCGAGAAGAGUAAUAUUGGAUAUUGUGCACAAUAGCUAGUAGAAGGGAAUCAUUAAUGAAUAGCAAUGAACUUACUGCAGAUGGUGACAGACCCAGUAUCACAGCUACUAAACUGUUUCUGAACAUGGUCAGAAACUUUAAAAACGUAAGCUGUAUCAUGUUUGUCUCCAUUGUUCAAAGAUCAUUGACAUCCAGGUCCUCAUUAUUCAGUCAGUUCAUUGCCUCUGCCCUCCCUUCCUAUUAAAAUGAAUACCAAUGUACAGUGCAGAGAGGUGGAAUGUGCAUUUUACGGGGAAAGGAAUCUGAGUCACCACUUGACCAGGACUUCCAUGGGUUCCUUAAAUCUCGUAAUGUGUUUCCCAGGAUACUUUCCAAUCAUUUCAAGUGCAUAAGUGUUGUCUUUAAUGACAUCAGUGGCAAACAAAAACAAUCUGCAAAUUAUGUGUUUUUUACUGUAUAUAUUGUCCAAAUUCUUUCCUUUUUAAUUUAUGGAUAUUUCUCCAUGCCUCCUCCCAGUGGUAAACAGGUAAGGCAUACAUCAAAACAGACUUAUUUUAAUAUAUUUCUGCUUUACUAUGAACUGUGGUGUGUACCACCUCCUUUGUCUGAUUAACUGUUCAGACAUCCAAUUAUUGGUUUAAUGGAUGCAGAACAUGGCAUUUUUACAUACAACAAUAUCAGAGUGAUGAAAGCUCAAACAAAUUCUAGGAUUGAAUUACAGAUGUUUUGACUUCUAUGGUGGCCUCCAAAUCAGUUUUAUCUACUUCAGUAUUUAUUUCGUCUCCCAACUAAGGCUUACCUAUUUCAAAUCGAGAUUUUUUUUUUACAUGUAAAUAUUCCAGGCUUCUGACCUACGGUGCAUAGUUGGUCCAGAUGCUGGGAGUUAAUAAUUGUUUUUGAACCCUGUAGGCUGAAUGAAUAGAUGUUAACUCUGUUGUCAUUUCUUACUGACUAAUGAGAAGUGCAUGACUAAAUCAACUGUACGAUGGUGGGAUGGCUUUCCAUCUUUGAGGCCAGUUAAUUAUUUCAAUUUUCAUACCUCAGUCAGUUGCAUUCCCUUACUGCUGAGUGUAAAAGUAAUAUUCCAGAAGUAAAGGUUUAUUUUAACUCUAACUAUAGAUGAUCUGAUACAGAAGAGCCCAGUUAUAUUUCAGAGGUAUAGAUAUCUGUCACUAUUCUUAUGCUGAGCUUUGUGGUCAUUACAGCUAUAUGAGGGAACAUUUCCAUCUAAGUUUGGUUUCGGAAUGUGAAAUAAUUGUUAGCUAAAAUUGGUUUCAUAAAGAUAUUAUUUGAUGGUUUAGUAUUCUGGAGGGCAGCAGAGAACAAAAUCUGUUUAGAUUUCUAACACACUUCCAGGACAUUGUUAGAGGAUAAUGUGGCAAAUCCCAAAUCUUCCCUAUACACCUUCUGAACUCAUACAGUGUCUGCACAGCUUCAAGUUAUACUGAAAGGGAGAAAGAGAAGUCAGGUUAAAAUUGAAAGCAGGUUAAUUAUAAUUUAAGUAAAUCACUGUCAGUUAAUGUUCUACGGUUAAGUGUUUUCAGGAUUUACAGUUAUGCAGGAUCCACAAAGAUACCCUUCCUUUGUGUCAUACAGUUGUGACGAAUGAAUGGAACUGAUUUCCUGUAUUCCCACAUACAUUUGCCCUUAUUGCAUUUUUGUGUUGUUUACUCUGAUCUGUUUGUGUAGAAAACAUUUGGGUUACCUUAUUUUUUUUAAUGUAAUUCUUAAAAAUUUAUUUAUUCUAGACCAUCCUGGAAACUGUCUUUGUUAACAGACCCAGCAAAGUCGUUUCAGUAACGAGUAUUUAAAAGAAAGUCAGAAAUUAAGUGUGAUUUUCCUUUUUGUGAGCAAUAAAAUACUUUUUAAAAAAUCAAAUUUGUCAUUUCAUUGUUUUUCGGGCACUUUCGUCCAAACUCCAAAAUAUAACUGUACUAAGACUUAUAUGCUGGGUUCGUUCUGUGAGCAGAUUGGUGAUAAAUUCAUCUCGAUAACCGAGACCGAUGUUUGUGCUAUUAUUUAUUAUUGAAGCCGAAAACUUUAAGCGUUCUGUAAAUACACACCCAAAAAUUCCUGUACAACAGUGUUGUGAGCAAUUGAAUAAUAUUCCAGGAUUUUGUGGAUAUAUUAUGUAGCGACGUUGGUUAUCGUCGGUUAUCGCGCAUUGACAACCCGGUGAGUGCUAUUUCCCGAUAAUCUGUUUAUGCUGCAGCAAAUGGCUGUUUCAUUGAACAUUAUGUCAAUUUUCUGGUUUUGUCCGUGGUAGCAUCAUUCGCCACUAUAAGACUUUAUAGCAGUUGAUUUGUCACUGGACUUUCUUGGGUCUUAAGGAACGGCAAAAAAUUAACAAAAUUGUUACUUUUAAACCAGGCAUGUGAUACAUAAUCGUUGAAUUGAUGUGUGAAAUUAUAUUACUACGUUCGUAUCCGGUUCGAAGUCUUGUAUUUGAAAGAUAGAUUUAUUCAGUCAUGUUUAAAGUAUACAUCGUACUUGUCAAAAUAUAAUCGAAUUAACUGCAUUGCACAGUUUGUAUUGAAAAAUUAAUUCUGAAGACUUUAGUGGCGUUUAAUAUUGAAACGACUAGAGACGUGUUAGUUACGGAGUCAUCGGCAGCCAUUUUAUGUUGGAUAUGUUCGUCGUUUAGUUGCGAGUUGAGGUCAGGAAGAUGGUGAAGUCUGAGGACAACAGAAGCGAACCUGAACAUGUUCGGAAAUUAUUCAUCGGUGGGUUGGAUUAUAGAACCACCGACGAUUCGUUGAAAAAACAUUUUGAACAAUGGGGGGAAAUUGUGGAUGUGGUUGUCAUGAAAGAUCCUCAGACCAGGAGGUCAAGAGGUUUUGGCUUUAUUACAUAUUCUCGGGCGCACAUGGUUGAUGAUGCACAGGCGGCUAGGCCACACAAGGUAGACGGACGAGUGGUUGAACCUAAACGCGCCGUGCCCCGUACGGAAAUUGGCAGACCAGAGGCGGGCAUGACAGUGAAGAAGCUUUUUGUGGGAGGCAUAAAAGAGGAAAUGGAAGAGGAAGACUUGAAAGAUUAUUUCUCAACGUUUGGAUCUGUUACAUCUGUUGCUAUUGUUGUUGAUAAAGAUACACGUAAAAAAAGGGGGUUUGCAUUUGUGGAAUUUGAUGACUACGACCCAGUUGACAAAAUAUGUUUGUCACGAAAUCACCAGAUCCGCGGUAAACACAUUGAUGUGAAAAAGGCAUUGAGCCGUGCAGAGAUGGCUGCAAUGGGAGGUCCAGGUGGAAUGGGUCGUGGUGGAAAAGGUGGUUUGGGUGGCAGAAGUGGGGGUAUGGGAGGUGGAAUGGGUGGAGGUUGGGGAGGGAGAGAUGGAGAUUGGGCUGAUGAUGGCUUCGGUGGCGGUGGUGGAGGACGAUGGGGAGGUGAUGAUAUGUGGGACCAGCCCAGAGGAGGCGGUGGAAGUUGGGGAAGUGGCAGUGGGUAUGGUGGAGGGGGUGGUGGUGGAAAUUGGGGGGAUGGUGAUAGAUUUGGUGGUGGCUAUCAGCAAGGUUAUGGAGGUGGUCCUAUGAGGGGAGGUGGUGGUGGUGGUUAUGGUGGGGGCGGUGGUGGUUAUGGUGGGGGUGGUGGUAGCGGCAGUGGCAGACCUGGUCCAUAUUCCAGUGAACGUUACCGUGGAGGAGGAUAUGGUUCCGGUGGUAGUGGUUAUGGUGGUGGAUCAAGACGCUAUUAACUACCGUUCUGCAUUUGACACACGCACACAGGAGUACAUAUCAGGUUCUGCAUAGGGCUAGCAGAGAGAGAGACAGACAGACAGACAGACAGAGACUGGGGUGUACAGUCAUUCAGGCUAGCAGUAACGGGCAGACAGGCCGUCAAAGAGCAGGGACAGUGUACUCACAGGACUUCAGUGCAGUUCUACGUAGUUAGCUGAAAGCCAGUAUUGGAGAAUUCAGGUUACUUCGUGCCAGUUUUAUUUAUACAGCUAGUCCUAUCUGUGAUAGUAAUUUUAAGUAUCUUUUUUCCCUUGUACAAGAAAGUUAAUGCUAUUCAUCAAAAUAUAUACAUGUUAGACAUUUCAGAAGCAAUUGCUUUCCACCGUAUUUCCGUUAAGUGACCAAUGAUUGUUGGUGUAGUUAGGUGAUUGAAGUAAAUGUAGUAGUUUCUUUGAUAAGCCAAAGCAAGAGAGAGAGAGAGCAAUAGUAACAGUUGUUUUCAGUUUACUGUUUCAGAAUAAGUUAGAGAUUAUAGAUUCCCCCUGUUAAUGUAAAAUAAUGACCAUGGUGGUUUUAUUUACAUAUGCAUUAGGAGUAAGAAGUAACAGGCUGAAUUCUGUAAUAUGUCAAGUCAGCAGCUGGAUGCAAAAUAUUAUGGGAUUUUCUGCAGAGUAUUUUGCAGAAGGCUAUUUUGUAGGAUCCUGUAAGCGGUUGGAUAUGUUGGGUGGGCAACUUUGUAGAAUAAGUUCAACCAGGACAACAUAAUUCAAUUAUUUUGUUGUGAAUUACCUGAUUUAAUUGAUUUGUUUUUGUUUUUUGUGCACCUUUUCCCUUUUCCUGUUCAUGCUAAUUACCUCACAUUUUGAUCUUUUGAAGAUUGUCAUGUGAGUUACAGCUACUCAUCCUACCUGUUUAAAUAUUUAAAGUUCAAUUUGUGUGGCUCAGAAUUAAUUGAGGUUUGCUUUAAUAUGAAUUUGACAAUUUAGUUUGUAAGUGUUAAUUAUGUAUAGAGGAAUCAUUCCAAAUUUUGUUGUGAAAAUAAAAAAGAAAUUGAAACCA